AUCCACACAAACACACGCACACAGAACAACCUGCGGCCAACUCGUUCCAAGCCGCCUGUCUGUCGCCUCCGUAAGAUCUGUGAUUAAAGGGAACGGCGGAAGAACUGAACAACUCGUUUUUUUCACCAUCAGUGGGAGAAAAUCAACGAGGAUUUUUACUGUUUUGCCAAGCUACAGCCGUUUGAGUGGAUUACAUGUAACGUCGACUAGUUUCAACCAAAUGCGAGUUAUGAUUGGACUCGUAGGCUACUGUCUGGCAGUCAUCUGGUACUGUAACUAGCUAGCUGUUUUGUUUUUUCGCAUAAGUUGACGAAAGCGAGAAAUCUAUGGAAAGCAGGAGUACAAACACAUAUCUUAUACGGUCUUGUAUAACGUCAGUAUGGACUUUACCGAGGCGGAGGCCUGCUUUUUAGAAUCGUAAGAGGCUUUACCAUCGCGCUCAGUUGGGGCAAACUCCACGAUUGUUCACGCAGUCCCGACAUUGGGAACAGGGACGCCGAAGGGGGGGAGCGAGGCUGCCCUUCAGCACAGCGUCUGCUGCGAAAGAGGAGGCGAAGUUUAGCAAAGAAAACGGGCUGCACUCUCAACGAAUCGACGUGGACCCUUAAGAUUUCUGACAAUUUCUUUACGACAAAUUUGACUUCCAUGUGAAUAUUGUCGGCAAGCUAUUAACAACAAAAAAACUGAACAGAAUUCAAAGGUUUACGUUUAGGUCUUGCUCUGUGUUAAAAGGCCUUUUUCGGCACCGAUUCAAACGCAAGCUUUUACUAACGUUAGACCUAUGGCUUCGUUUACAGUUCCAUUUCAGCCAUGACAUUGGAUCUGCUGAAUUUUUCACAGUUGUCAGAUUUUCAAAUAACUUGCUAAUUCGCGUUGUUGAAAUAAUCUAUUUUAGGUUGGUGACUCUGCCUUGUGAUUGGAUGUAAAAGGGAGCCAAGAGAAGUACGUUAACGUUACCAAAUGUUGGGACGACAGCCAGGCAAUAUCAGCUAGGCUAACCCUCCAACUGGAUAGGAAUAUUGACUGUCAACAUUGACCCAUGCACCGCGCGGCCGCUGAACUUGGACUUGAAAGCACCCGAACGAAUUUACGCGUCAGCUAAAAUCAUUUGGCUGUCCCGCGAAAUAUUGUGUGCAGAAGAAGGAUUUUUGAAGGCAUUAUUAAUCAUUCUACGACACCCUAACACGGAUGAUAGGCGGUAAAGUAAUAUAACCUUACACUGUCUGUCAAAGGGGCAGUAGGAGAGCAAAUCAGAUUUUUUCUCUCUAGCUUGCUGGGGCAAAGACUGGACAUAGCUAGCUACCUGCACUUUCUCCACGACAAUCAACGUGAGCAUGGAGACAACCUGCAUCUGAGACAUGUGCUAUUGGUUCAUAAUCAUCAACCAUUUUUUACCAGUCGGACAAGUAACUGCAAACGAAUGAGCGCACUCUGCUCAUUCAAGGAAAGGAGUGAAUACUAGAAAACUUUUUGGAAACGCUGGUUAGGACAACCCCUUCUUCUGCAUAGCCGCUAGAUAUGGCAGUGCCGGGCCGAAUCUCUGUCCUGGCGCUAGGGCUUUUCGUCGUGCUACUGCUCAGUCCUGUCGCUGCUGCCCAGGGAGAGGUGCGUGAGUGUGCCUUCGCUGACCUGCAGCAGCAGUAUGACGAGCAGCGGGUGGGCGGUGCUGAGUGGCCAGCCGUUGCCCGUGACAACAGCACCAUCCUCUGCAGCCAAGGGUCGCGCUGCUACGGCCUCUGGGAGAGGACCCGCGAAGGGGACACAAGACUGGUCAAACAAGGCUGCUGGACACACACCAGCGAUCAGCAGGAUUGUCAUGACGACCGUUGCGUGGUGACCACCACCCCGUCAAUGAGCCUGAAUGGCACCUACCGUUUCUGCUGCUGUAGCACCAACAUGUGCAACCUCAACUUCACCGAGAACUGGGUCGCCAUGCCAACCAGCGCACAGCCUGACCAUCAACGACCUCUGUAUCCAGAGGAGACCAUAGUCAUCGCUUUGGCAUCUGUUUCCAUAGUAGCGGUGCUCAUCGUGGCGCUAUUUUUUGGUUACCGAAUGCUAACAGGAAACCGUAAGCAGGGUCUCCACAACAUGGACAUGAUGGAAGCAGCCGCUUCAGAGCCUUCUCUGGACCUGGACACCCUAAAACUACUAGAGCUGAUUGGCCGGGGGCGCUACGGUUCCGUGUAUAAGGGUUCUCUAGACGAGCGCCCGGUGGCGGUGAAGCUGUUUAACUACACCAACCGGCAGAACUUUGUGAACGAACGCUCCAUCUACCGCACGCCCCUCCUGGAGCACGACAACAUCGCCCGCUUCAUCCUGGGCGACGAGAGGCUCGCCGCCGACGGACGCCUAGAGUACCUGCUCAUCAUGGAGUACUACCCCCACGGGUCUUUGUGUCGGUAUCUGAGUCUGCAGACAGGGGACUGGGUGAGCUGCUGCCGCAUGGCCCACUCUGUGACCAGAGGACUGGCCUACCUACACACUGAGCUCUUACGAGGAGAUAUAUAUAAGCCAGCCGUGUCUCAUCGAGACCUGAACAGCCGUAAUGUUCUUGUGAAGAAUGACGGAACGUGUGUGAUUAGCGACUUCGGUCUAUCAAUGAAACUGACGGGGAACCGGCUGGUCAGACCUGGCGAAGAGGAGAACGCUGCCAUCAGUGAGGUUGGCACUAUCCGCUACAUGGCUCCUGAGGUGCUGGAGGGGGCUGUGAACCUGAGGGACUGUGAGUCUGCUCUCAAGCAGGUGGACAUGUACGCCCUGGGCCUCAUCUACUGGGAGAUCUUCAUGCGCUGCACUGACCUCUUCCCAGGAGAAACGGUGCCGGACUACCAGAUGGCGUUCCAGGCGGAGGCAGGCAACCACCCCUCAUUUGAGGACAUGCAGGUGCUGGUGAGCAGAGAGAAGCAGAGGCCCAAGUUCCCCGAGGCCUGGAAGGAGAACAGCCUGGCGGUGCGUUCUCUGAAGGAGACGAUGGAGGACUGCUGGGACCAGGACGCUGAGGCGCGUCUGACUGCCCAGUGUGCAGAGGAGCGUCUGGCCGAGCUGCUGCUCAUCUGGGACCGCAACAAGCCCGUCAGCCCCACAGUCAACCCCAUGAGCACCGCGCUGCAGAACGAGAGAAACCUGACAAACAGUCGCCGGGUGCCCAAACUGGGCCACUUCCCUGACUACUCCUCCUCGUCCUACAUCGAGGACCAGGAAGGGGGCGUGCUCAAGAACCUUCAGACCGACGCCCCCUCCUCGUCCGGCCCCGCCUCCUCCACGACCGUGGGUGUGGCUGGCAGCGCCUCUGGCGCAGCCAGCGGAGAGAAGAACCGGAACUCCAUCAACUACGAGCGGCAGCAGGCCCAGCAGCAGCAGCAGCAGGCGAAUGCCCAGCUUCAGCUCCAGGGCCCGGGGCAGGGGCAGGGGCAGGGGCAGAUGCCAGGGCGAGUGCCCAGCCCAGAGGGCAGCACCAGCGGGGGCAGUCUGAGCCUGAGUGGGGCCUCUAGCGCCACCUGCAGCACCACGCUGGGCACUACGCCCGGAUCCAGCCUCAUGGCCACCAUCUCGGAGGCUGGGCUGGGCGAGGAGGUAGGGGGCACCACCACCGCCGCUGCUGCCCUGGGCAUGGGCAUGGGGCUGGGCGUGGGGCCGACGGGGCUGCCCGCGUGCCUGCAGCUGACACAGGAGGACCUGGAGACGACCAAGCUGGACCCCCGCGAGGUGGACCGGAACCUGAAAGAGAGCUCGGACGAGAACCUGAUGGAGCACUCGCAGAAGCAGUUCAGCGCGCCCGACCCGCUGGGCCCGGCCGGCGCCGCCGGCAACCUGCUCUACCCACUCAUCAAGCUAGCCGCCGAGGUCAGCGCCGGGUCAGGGGUCAACGCCGCGGCCGCUGGGGGGUCGGCGGGCGAGUUCGGGGCGUCCGGGAGCGAGCACCCUCCCCAGGGGGUGCCGGCGGCGGCCAUGUUCCCGCUCCCAAAGCAGCAGAACCUGCCCAAGCGGCCCACCAGCCUCCCGCUGGGGUCCAAGCACCCCCCGCGACUCCGCAGCCAGUGCCAUCGCCGCUGCCUCGUCGUCCUCAUCAUCGUCCUCAUCCUCAUCCGCCUCGCGCCUUCGGCUCAACAAGCACAAGUCCAACCUGCGGCAGGUGGAGACUGGCGUGGCCAAGAUGAACACCGCUCCGCUCGUCACCGUGGGCAACGAGCCCCAGAUGGUCACCGCGGGCAACAGCGGGCGUGGCAUGGCCAAUGGUUACGCCGGAGGAGGAGGAGGAAGCAGCGGUGGCAACGUGCCGACUGUCGUCGGGGGCAACACGAACCCCGCAGGUCCCCAGCAGGAGGUCGAGGGUCAGGGGUCGUCGUCGUCGUCAAUGACGACGCCAACGCAGCUGAGCGCAGACGGAGACGGCCACCUGCUCGCCUGCAUCGCCUCCAGCCCCGACGAGCACGAACCGCUGCUGCGCACAAACAACAACAACAACAACAGCAACAACAACAACAGCAACGUCAGUAGCAUGGCCGGGACCCUGGCGCGCGCGCUCACAUACACGGGCGGGUUCGGCAGCACACACACGGACGGCGGAGCCUCGGUCCAGAUGAGGGCGCAGGACCGGAGCCGUCAGCCUGAGAGGCCCAACUCACUGGA